AUGAAUGGUGAAUCUCUCCUUAGUACAUCUUUGAUCUUGAAAGACAACUGUACGGUCAAAUCAUUGAAAGCACAGAACAAAGAAGUAGCAGAAUGGUUGCCCAAGCGAAAUUCAGGAUCUUAUUGGGCCAUCAUCGAUUACGUCAAGUUUUUGCUUGGACGCAUCAAGUCUCAGACACCCUACCCACCCAGUCCAAAUGCUAUCAAAAUUGCUCAACUUCCUCAAAUAUUACCUCAGCAUAUAUCUUCAGAUCUGAGGAUAUUUUCUUUAGGAUCGCUUCCAGCUGACGAAACAACCAAGUCUUUUGUGCACCAGCUUCCUUGUUGGGUAACUUUCAAAGGACUCUUUCUUCAAGACCUAGUGAUGUAUCAUAUCCCCCGUGUGACAUUGGCCUGGAGCUCUCCUGUGGAAUGUAAUUGGAAUCAAGUCAUGCUUGCUCUGCUUCUCAAGCACUGGCGAUAUGCAAAAGAACAUGGAGCCUUUGCUGAUUACUCCGUAGAUCCGGCGCGUGUUGGUGAUGCAGUAGUACAGGCUGUCAUCGAGCGGUGGAUUCAAGGACGUGAAAAAGAAUCAUCUCGAUCAAGAAUUCGCAAGAAGUGUGUUCAGAGAAGAAACACCCUUUUUUGUUACCGACAAGAAGCUUUAGAAGAAUUGGUCUCAGCCAUUGAACACAGGGAACUUCUUGUUGUAGCAUUAGAGCUUCUUCCAAGUUCGGCAUGCUGCUCUGAAACAGAAGAUGAUGGACUGGAGAAAGUGCGAGCCAUAGGCUUGGUUUGGCGGAGUGAAGAAUUUUCGGCGCUUCUUCAGCUCCUUGACAAGCUUUCGUACAAACAGCAGGAAGCCUUGCAUGGAGCAAGAUGGGCAGCUAAACGGCUGGACAUGAGGAGGCAGCCAGCUAUUCAGAUCAAAUGUUCAGGUCGAGUUCCCCGCAAUCUACCUGAGAAUUGCUAUUGUCCAAUCUGGUGA